AUGGAAACGACCUUCAAAGUACUAUUCAUUAUUGCUUUCGCUUCAAAUCUUGUUGGAAACAUAUCGGUCAUCUUCGUGAUUUUAUUACACAGGAGAAUGCAGACUCCAAUGAACUGUUUGUUGGCCAACUUAGCCCUGGCUGACUCAAUGGUCGGUCUUUUCUUGAUCCCAAGAACACUUCUUAAUGAUUUAUAUACGCAUCCCGGUGGUUGGGUGGGAGAUUUGUUAUGUAAGAUGUUGACGCAUGCAUGUUUCACAUAUCUGGCUGCUGUGGCUUCAAUGCUGACACUGAUGUUUAUUGCAUGGGAAAGAUACUACGCCGUGAUUUAUCCCCACAGCUCAAAGGGCAGAAUAAAUGCAAAGAAACUCCGUCUUUUAAUCGCUUUGAGUUGGAUUAUUGCGUGUGGUUAUGCUUCCAUUGAGUUCUGGAUCAUUAAGUUUGACGAAAAUAAGAACUCGUGCAUUUACGACUGGUCAGAAACGUUGUGGAAGAUUGAUGUGUUCGUCUGGUGUAUCGUCCUAAGCUUGGUACCACUUGUAAUCCAGGUGGGAUUGUAUGUAAGAGUGGUGCAUCGCCUAUGGGGAAAAAAAGCUCAAGUCAAUGAAAUCUCUCAGCGCUCACUGAUGAUACAGAGGAAAAAACUGACGAAAACUAUCAUUCUCAUAUCUUUUAUUAACAUCAUUUGUAGGCUUCCAAUUGAUUUCCACUACUUUUUGUCUACGUUUGCUGGCGAGACCUUCACUACAGCAGAAUGGUGGGUACCUAUUUCUUUCUCGGUCAGCCAUUUAAUGCUCGUUCUUAACUCUGCUGUUAAUCCAGUCAUAUAUGCUGCUCAGGAUCGUGAAUUCAGACAACACACAGUGCGCUUAUGGAUGAACAGAUGUGGCCGAGGUAGAAGGGUGAUGGACACCACGAGUGCUCUAGAGUUUACGAAACCGUCAUCCCGUUAA